GCUGUACAGAAACCCCUUGUGGUUUUGUAUGAGGCUAGGAGAGUGCUUCAGGCUUGGCUCUGAACAUGAAAGCCCAAGGUCUUUCAUGUGUCAGGUUGGGGAAUAUGUUGCUCUUGGGGAUGAUUUUUUUCCCAAGCAUAUACUGUGACAUGGAAUUGGUAUAUUACUCUUCCUAUGAAAUAGUCAUCCCAAAGAGUCUGACAGGCAGGGGAAGUGAAGACCCUGUAGAAAAGGCAUCCUAUGUGCUAUUUAUGCAAGGCCAGAAGCACCUGGUUCACCUGAAGGUGAAGAGAGACUAUUUUGUGAAUAACUUUCCAGUCUACAGUUACCAUAAUGCCAUCCUGGGGCAAGAACUGCCUUUCAUUUCACAUGACUGUCACUAUGAAGGCUACAUAGAAGGAGUGCCAGGUUCUUUUGUUUCUGUCAACAGCUGUUCAGGCCUCAGGGGCAUCCUGAUUAAGGAGGGAAAAUCUUAUGGCAUUGAGCCCGUGGACUCUUCAAAGCAGUUUGAACAUGUGUUGUACACCAUGGCACAUCAAGCACAAGUUUUCUGUAGUGUCACUUCCAAAGACAGCCAAGCGGUGUCCACCAGCUGGCAACGAGGGAGCAGGAAGCCUCAUCAUCUACAGGCACUGUCCUACUUGUGGUCACACACCAAGUACGUGGAGAUGUUUGUCGUGGUCAACAACCAGCGGUUCCAGAUGUGGGGCAGUAACAUCAAUGAGACAGUCCAGAGAGUAGUGGACAUUGUUGCUCUGGCCAACAGCUUCACUAGGGGAAUAAACACAGAGGUGGUGCUAGCUGGAAUGGAGAUUUGGACUGAGCGGGAUCUAAUAGAGGUCCCAGUGGACUUGCAGGUUACACUCAGGAAUUUCAAUAGCUGGAGACGAGAGAAGCUCUUCCCUCGUGUGAAGCAUGAUGUUGCCCACAUGAUCGUUGGACACCACCCUGGAGAGAGUAUGGGCCAGGCAUUUCUCAAUGGUGCCUGCUCAAGCAGUUUUGCGGCAGCUGUUGAAUCCUUCUACCAUGAAGAUAUUCUCCUGUUUGCAGCGCUCAUGGUCCAUGAGCUUGGGCACAACCUGGGUAUUCAGCAUGACCACUCGGCCUGCAUGUGUAAGGAUAAGCACUUUUGCCUCAUGCGUGAAAAUAUCACUAAACAAAGUGGCUUCAGCAACUGCAGUUCUGACUACUUCUACCACUUCCUUCGUGAACACAAAGGUGCCUGCCUAUUUAACAAACCCUGGCCCAAAGGCCGCAAGCGUAGGAAUCCCAAGUGUGGGGAUGGUGUGGUACAGGCACCGGAGCAGUGUGACUGUGGUUCUGCUUGUGGUCAAAACCAAUGCUGUGACUCAAACUGUCAACUGAAGGGAGAUGCACAGUGUAGUGAAGGGCUCUGCUGUGUUUCCUGUAAACUUAUGCAGAAGGGAAACCCUUGUCGUGAUGUUAAGGACCAAUGUGACCUCCCAGAAUAUUGUGAUGGUACCUCUGGCUCAUGCCCUGAAGACAGGAUUAUGCAAGAUGGCUCACCUUGUAAUAUCAAGUACCUUUGUCUUGAAGGUGUGUGUAUAGACCCUACUACUCAGUGCGUGCAAGUAUUUGGGCCUGGUGCAGAAUCUGCAACACAGGACUGUUACAAUUUAAUAAAUGGAAAAGGGGACCGGUUUGGAAACUGUGGCCGUUCUAAUGAAAAUAAUCAGUAUGUUAGUUGCACAGGUGAAGAUGUAUUGUGUGGGAAACUUGUAUGUUCAGGUAUUCAAUUGUUACCAACAACCAAAUCCCACCGUACAAUGAUCCAGGUCCCUCAUGAAAAUGAGUGGUGCUGGAGCUUAGAUGCCUUUACCGAUGUUGACAUCCCUGAUGAAGGUGAUGUGUUAACUGGCACUUACUGUGCUCCACAGAAAGUCUGCUUGAAUUCCUCUUGCACAGAUUAUAGCUCGGUCGCGCUUGAGUGUAAUCCAGAGACAACAUGUAAGGGGAAAGGAAUUUGUAAUGAUUUAGGGCACUGUCACUGUAUCCCUGGGUAUGCCCCACCUGACUGCGCAACUGUAGGAAAUGGGGGCAGUGUGGACAGUGGCCCUCCUGGUAAGCCAGCUGAACCAAUGCCCUCAAAGCCCCCACAAGGAGGACCUCAAAAUGCUACUGAUACUAAACAGGAUGAAUUGGCUCUAAAUGCAAUCAUAUUAUUCGUCAUUGUACUUUUAAUACUCCUAGUAUUAGGUAUGCUUAUUGGCUGCAUGAGCCUUUCUAAAGAACCACCACACGCUGAAGUGGCUCCUCCUCUGGCCCCAACACCGGCCCCAGAAGAGGCUGCUGUGGAAGAAGAGGCAGGAGAAGAAGAAGAAGGAGAAGGAGAAGAAGAGGAAGAUGAUGAAGAAGAAGAAGAAGAAGAGGAGGCCUAAGAGAAGCCAACUACGUCAAACUCCUCAAGCACUGAUUGGGAAUGAGAGGUUCAGUGAAGCAAAGGUGAAGUGGAAAUAGAUGACUCCAUUGGCUCUGCCUGGGACUCUAAAGUCUAUAAAAAUAUCUAAUG